GACCCCGUCCACUCCUUCUUCAUUCCUGCAUUCCCUCCUUCCCCGCUUCCCAGCUGACAGCCUCCGUCUCCGCCUGCCUGCCCGCCCGCCUGCCUGCCUGCCUGGGCGCCUGCUGCUUCUCCUCCUCGUUCUCCUCGUUCUCCUCGUUCGUCCUCCAGGAUGAGCCCCGGCCGGUACCUCCUCCGCUCCCUGCUCCUCCUCAUCCUCGCCGCCUUCUCCGCCAACGCCAGCAACUGGCUGUAUUUGGCCAAGCUUUCAUCGGUGGGGAGCAUCUCCGAGGAGGAGACCUGCGAGAAGCUGAAGGGCCUGAUCCAGCGGCAGGUGCAGAUGUGCAAGAGGAACCUGGAGGUCAUGGACUCGGUCCGGCGGGGGGCGCAGCUGGCCAUCGAGGAGUGCCAGUUCCAGUUCCGCAACCGCCGGUGGAACUGCUCCACGCUGGACGGCCUGCCUGUCUUCGGCAAGGUGGUCACGCAAGGUGAGCGUCUUGCAUUCAGACCAUUGGAGGCCCAUAUCUGGCCCUUCCCGGGCCCAUGUCAAUGGGCUAUUAUUCUCCCAGCUGCGUUACGAGUUGCUCCAGGCUACACGAUUGGUGCUGUCCCCAGCCUUGCCCCAACCAUCCUUCGGAGGGUUCGGAUACAAAUGAAGUUGGUUGCCAUCAGAGCUUGGAAAAGGUUCAUUUUUGGGAUUGCCCAGAUCUCCCAUCCAACCUUGAUGAUGAAAUUCGACUAUCUCUCGAUCUCUUUUGGGUUGGACUGGAUGGCCCUUGGGGUGGAAGGGGUUGAUUCUGUGACGCAGGAAAGGCUCACCCUCUCUUUCCUCCUCUCUUCCAUGCAGGCCAUCCUCAGCCACAUGCGUGUGGAGUGCAAGUGCCACGGCGUCUCGGGCUCCUGCGAGGUGAAGACCUGCUGGAAAGCCAUGCCUCCCUUCCGGAAAGUGGGCAACGUGCUGAAGGAGAAAUUCGACGGGGCCACGGAGGUGGAGCAGCAGCAGCGGAGGGGUGGCUCCUCGUCAUCGUCGUCGUCGUCCGCCAAAGUGCUGGUGCCCAAGAACUCCCAGUUCAAGCCACACACGGACGAGGACCUGGUCUACCUGGACUCCAGCCCCGACUUCUGCGACCACGACGCCCGCAGCGGUGUCCUGGGCACCGGGGGGCGCCACUGCAACAAGACCUCCAAGGCCAUCGACGGGUGCGAGCUGAUGUGCUGCGGGAGGGGUUUCCACACGGACGAGGUGGAGCUGGUGGAGCGCUGCAGCUGCAAGUUCCACUGGUGCUGCUUCGUCAAGUGCAAACAGUGCCACCGGGUGGUGGAGAUGCACACGUGCCGGUGACACGCACGUACGCACGCACGCGGUGGACACAGAACGCUCUCUUUCGAUAAAGACAAACUAUAUUUAAAGCCCUCGAACGCACGGCUCCUUGGGUGAUUCGUUCAUUGGUGAGGCCCUCGGAAUAUUCCGAGUACUCCGGAGCCGUCCCUUCCGCUCUCUCUUUUUUUGGGGAGACCCAGAACUCUUAUCUUUUUUUAUAAAGAAAAACAAUAUUUAAA